AUGAUAGAGGUACGAAGGGAUUUGAUUACAGCUACGGCAGCCAUAGCUGGCCUCGCCUCUCUGUUUUUUGGAUUGUUGACCAAUCUACCCGUCGCCCUUGCCCCAGGAAUGGGCCUCAACGCCUAUUUCGCCUACCAAGUUGUUGGCAGCAACGGUUCUGGUUCCGUCUCCUACCGAACCGCCCUCACUGCCGUCUUCUUCGAAGGCAUCAUAUUCAUUUUCUUAGCUUUGACAGGGAUGCGUCAAUGGCUCGUCAGACUCAUCCCAGCCACCAUCAAAACCGCCACUGGAGUUGGAAUUGGAUUUCUUCUGACAGAAAUUGGGCUCUCCUACUCGUCUGGCAUUGGCGCCAUCACAGGCGGCAGCACAUCUACCCCUCUGGCUUUGGGUGGCUGCCCUCCUCAUAUGAUCAAUCCAGAGACGGGGGCAUGUAUUGCUGGUCAAAUGACGAAUCCAUCGAUGUGGCUCGCCGUCUUUUGCGGUGGUAUCGUGACAGCCUUCCUAAUGGCGUUUAGAGUCAAGUACGCUCUCGUCAUCGGAAUUGCGCUCGUCUCUGUCAUCUCGUGGCCCCGCAACACUCCAGUCACUUAUUUCCCCGAUACCCCAGAAGGCGACUCUCGAUUUUCCUUUUUCAAACAAAUCAUUGCAUGGCACCCUCUCUCCAAGACUGUCAACCAGCUUGACUGGAGCCUCGAGGGCACCAGCACCUCUCACUUUAUUCUUGCUCUCUUUACUUUCCUCUAUGUCGAUAUCAUCGACGCUACUGCUACUUUAUACUCCAUGGUCCGUUUCUGUGGAGUCGUCAAUCCCAAAGACGGGGAUUUUCCGCGCUCAACAAUCGCAUACUGCACUGAUGCGACCUUUAUCUCGAUCGGAGCUCUAUUCGGAUGCUCUCCCAUCACCGCCUUCAUCGAGAGUGGCGCGGGUAUUGCGGAAGGUGGACGCACUGGUCUCACUGCCGUGGUGGCAGGGCUUUGCUUCAUCGUAUCAAUCUUCUUUGCUCCUAUAUUUGCUUCUAUCCCGCCCUGGGCUACGGGAUGUACACUCAUCUUGGUCGGCUGCAUGAUGAUUCGCCAAGUCACGCAAGUUAAUUGGCGCUACAUUGGCGACGCUCUUCCUUCCUUCAUUGUCAUGACGUUUAUACCGUUUAGCUAUAGCGUCGCAUAUGGCCUCAUUGCUGGCCUGUUUGUCUACACCAUCCUCAACACCCUCAUCGGCCUCGUGGUUUUCCUCUCCAAUAACCGUAUCGAGCCCCGGGAAUACGAUCUCAAAGAGUACUGGACUUGGAAGGGUUCUGGCCGUCCGCCCUGGUUUGUCCGGGCCAUGAGGAGAGACAGAAGCCAUAAUUCACCUUCUUCGGCGGAUGAUCAUGACGAUUCCGUUCCUCCUGUCGCUGAGGAGAACGAAAGUCAGCGGGGCUUGAACCUCCAGCAAAGCCGCGAUAAUCCUCCCGGCAGGGAUGGCUCUACAGCAAUGGUGGAGCAAUCUGUGUUGCCGAUUGAUCAUGAUGAAGCCUAUGGUUAUCAUCAUCACUCCUCUUCGAUGAGGGGCAUUGCUCGUUGA